UAAAACAAGGCUCAGACUCCUCCGGGUGACUCACUCUGAUGCUCGCUUUUCCAUGCUGAAAACCAGCACGGAUUGUUAAUCAGAUGAACUUUCGGGAAUUGUGUAGCCGACAGCGAGCAGCUCUCCCCCCGCAGACAUCAUGGCUUUAAACGCUCUCUGCGCGCUCUGCGGAUUUAUUAUAGCAGCUGUGACCAAUUUCUAUGUUGUGAGCGCACAGAAAAGUCAAUGCGGCAGUUUAGAGUUUUGGAACUCAGAUUUGGACGUCUGUGUGCCGUGUGCGUCGUGCAAGCAGUACCCAAAGACCCCGUCAUGCAACACAUGUAAAUAUGAGGAUGAGACACCUGACGUGUGGAAACUCGCAGCCAUCGCAAGCUUCUCCGUGCUGGCUGUCGUGCUGGUCGGUGCUGCGCUGAUUAUCGGUGUCAUGGUGCAUCGACGGAAGUCGCACAAACGGCCUCUACGUGAACCCAUUGAAGAAACGGCGGGGCCACUUUACCAAGCUUAAACAAUACACCUCAUCCUCCUUCUGGAAACAGAUGUGACAGAACCAAGAGAGCGACUGGUUCAGAACCGGACGAAGCAAACCUCUGGACCAUGAACUGUAUACUCUGACUGCAGGGUGUCUCUUCAUCAGAAGUGGACCAUUUUAAUUUAUUAGACUGUCGAGUGAGGAGCUGUGCUCAGCGUAGGUCCGACAGAGACCACACGAGCGCCUCUCACACCUCUGUAGGAACAGUAACAUUAUAUUAUAGUGGCAUCAUUCUCAGAUAUUAUGUGCCUUUUUUAUAUUCCACUUAAAAUAACAUUUUUGGUCUGGAAGACCUUUUGUCUGUGUUUUAUCCAGAAACAAAACUACAGUCUUUUCUCCGGGGAGAUUGAUGCUUUCCAAAUCCUGUAUUGUAUUUUCCAGCAGGACGAUGAAUGUAACACAGCUACUGCUGCCUGCUGGGCUGCGGUUUGAUCUCCUGCUAUUCAGCGGGGUUAGACAAGGUCUAGUCACUUACCACGACAGCCUCUUAAAGAUAAAUCACAUGUGAGUUAGGAAGACGUUAGGAAACAUGAAGGCCAUUUGAAUGUAGCUACUUCUACAGAAGGUGAAAUGUAUUCCAGCCUUGCCAGUGCCUGCUCUCUUCGUCGUGCUAUACAGUGAGAGAGCAGUCACCUGAACUCACUCACUGUUACUGCGUCUCCUGAGACCAACACGGACUCUUUGUUGCAGGUUAUUACAAUAUUGUCUUGUCUGCUUUAAUGUUUUUUUUUUAUUAGGAGAUGGAUUUUUUUCUCACAACCCCAGAAUUCACACGUUCCUCGUCCCAGCACUCGUAGGACAGGAUGUUUGAAACACUAGACACGAGAGCCCAAACCGCUAACACAUGGGAAUGUUGCGAGGAAUGUACUGUAGUGAAGGAAAUGACACUUGUAGUGUUUUGAGUGGAGCCACACGAUCAGUAUGCUUACUAACUCUGACCCGUCGACUUGUUUCAGAUCUAAAGAUAUAUGUCGGUUUGUAAUUGUGUAGCCUGAGAAACAUGGUGGCCAGGGUUGUUGUUUUUCCACUUCUGGUUUUAGUUGGGGUUGUUUUCUAUCUUCAAAACAUCGCAGUGUGUGGAACAUGAUGUAUUUUAUGUGACAGGUCAUGUCUGUCUGCUUGUGGGGAAACAGUUAGGGAAUCACUUAAAAUGCAGACACUUCUUUUCUUUUAGAUUUUUUAUAUUAUUUAUUUUUAAGUAUCUUGCAGUGGAUGUUUUGCAUCCACCGCGAGUUUAAAAAGGGACACCAGUGAAGAUUUCUUCCAGCAGGCCAGCCAACGAUGAUACUGAGCAAUAACUAACACUUCCCGCUUAUUUCUCUCGCUUUCUAUUUCUAAAAUUGUAUAUACUGUACAUGCACUGGCUUAUUUUUUACUGCAAUCUUAUAAACUGCUUUGUGUACCAAAUGUAUUUUCACAAUAAAACUGACAUCUUCCAAUUAUAA